GAAGUAUCAAUUGAACGUGUUCCUUUUUACGGGAGUAGCAGUUGCAUGUGGGCAGGAUUAUUCCCCCGCAUUAGGCCCUUUUUCGGUCUGAGGCCUAAUUAUUUAUCGAUUUUCACUAUCAGGCGAAAUGCCUCAAGAAUGUCUUCUCAACAAAUCCCUUCAUCUCCUGAGCCCUUGGUUGUGGUCAUGGGCUCAACAGGAACGGGCAAAUCUGAUCUUGCCGUAGAAAUCGCCCGCCGCUUCAACGGUGAGAUUAUCAACGCCGACGCCAUGCAGAUGUACGAGGGUUUGCCCAUCAUCACCAACAAGAUCACCCCGGAGGAGCAGCGCGGCGUGCCCCAUCACCUCCUCGGCAUGAUCGGCCUCGAGGAGCCGACGUGGAAUGUACACCACUUCCGCAGGGAGGCCAGCAGCAUCAUCCGCGAGAUCCGUAGCAGGGGCCACCUGCCCAUCCUCGUCGGCGGCACGCACUACUAUCUGGACGGCCUGCUCUUCGACCACCAUCUCGUCGCCGCCUCCCCGCCGCCUGAGGAGGGGGACAAGGAUUGUCCAGCACCCGCAGCAGACCUCCCCGCCACCCCAAUUUCUCGGGAUCCCGCCCUCGAGGAGGCUUCAACCGAGGAGCUGAUGGCUCGGCUGCGCGAAGUCGACCCCGUCGAGGCAGACAGGCGACACCCCAAGGACAGGCGCAAGAUAAUGCGGUCCCUGGAAAUCUACCUGACCACCGGCCGGCGGGCAUCUGACAUCUACGCCGAGCAGAGGGAGACCAAGGCAAAGAUGCAGCAGCAGCGGCGGCCGUCCGACGGCGACCAAUCGUCGCAGCAGGGUCACGCACCCAUCUUCUUCUGGGUGCACUCGGAACGCGGCGUCCUCAACGAUCGUCUCGAGCGCCGCGUUGACAAGAUGCUGGACAAUGGCCUCAUCGAAGAGACGCGCCAGAUGCAUGCCUACCUGCGCCGAUCUACCCUGGAAGGCAUCACUAUAGACCGGACGACGGGCAUCUGGCAGUCGAUUGGCUUUAGCGAGAUCGAACCGUACCUGGACGCCCUGCACAGACAGGCCGAGGGUGAAAGCAUUCGAGAACAGGAACUGGGGGCCUUGAAGCUCGCGGGGGUGGAUUUGAUCAAGCAGGCAACUAGGCGGUAUGCCAAGGGUCAGGUUCGUUGGAUUACGUACAAGACCUUACCUCUGAUUCAAGACGCAAACAUGCUUCCCAACCUGUUCCUGAUGGACAGCACCGAUGUUACGCGCUGGUCACCUGAAGUCGUCGACAAGGCCCUCAACAUAAUGGACAAGUAUCUUGGUGGACUUCCAUUGCCCGAGCCAGCCGAGGUGUCCAAGGCGGCCCGGGAGGUUCUUGGUACUGUUAUUGCGUCAAGCAACCAAAAGGAGACUCCGUGCAACAAGACGUGCGAAGUGUGUCACAUCACGGUACUUACGGAGGAAAAAUGGCUUGUCCAUAUCAGAGGUCACCGCCAUAAGCGGGCGGUCAAGUCUGCCAACAAAAGAGCAUUUGUUGCUGCCUAUUUGGAGGGUAAAGAACGAGGUGCAGCUGAGAAAAUACAGGACGAGAACGACGAUGAACCAGUCGCUCUCCGUGCUGAAGAUAACCAAUAAUACAAGAAAAAUAUGGGAACGAAAUGUAAUGAACAAAACCAUGAGGUUCUUCUGGCAUCAAGGCGUGACAAAAUAUAUGGCGCUAGUUUUGGGAAGAUAUCAACAUCGCUAGAGAAAAGAACGAUUGCUCGCGAGAGAAAUGUCAGAAUGAAUUGCAAGGUCAACAUGACAGCCAUCAAGGCAACCAGCAGAGAGGAAUCGUCUUGUGCAACGAUACCAAUAGCUAGCCAGACA